CGCUGGCAGGUUUUGAAGCUGUAAACCGCGGGAGGGGCUGUUUGAUGUCUUAUGUCUGAAUCUUUCGACAACGGACGUUUCAUUGAGUUCUGAAUUUCCGAUGGCAAUCUCAGCCGGAGAGCUGUUCAGUAUCAUGCUCUGAUGAUUCACCAAAACGCCCUCCUGAACAGACCCGUCUGCUUCGAACUCCAUUACCGGAGCAUCUGCGAACUCCUCCUGUCCCUGACUCGCUCGAGGUCUCUGCCCAAGGGCCUUCAGCUCCACGCUCACAUCCUCAAAUCGAGUUUUGAAGUUGUACCCCUCGUAGCCCAUCACCUCAUCAAUUUCUACUCCAAGUCUCAGCUCCCCUUCUGCGCCGUCCGGGCGUUCGAUGAAACUCCCCGGAGAACGGCCACCACUUGGAGUUCGGUUAUCUCUGCAUUCGCCCAGAAUGAGCUCCCGUGGUUCGCGAUUGAGUACUUCUGUCGGAUGCUCGGUGAGAAUGUUCGGCCUGAUGAUCACAUAUUCCCGAGUGCGACCAAAUCGUGCGCGAUUCUGGGGCGGAGUGAUAUCGGGAAGUCUGUACAUUGUCUUGCCGUGAAGAUUGGAUUUGAUGGCGAUGUGUUCGUGGGCAGCUCGUUGGUCGAUAUGUAUGCUAAGUGCGGUGAAAUCGGUGUUGCUCGGAGGGUGUUUGAUGAAAUGCCUGGCAGAAAUGUGGUUUCUUGGAGCGGGAUGAUAUAUGGGUAUGCCCAGAUGGGGCAGGAUGAAGAGGCUCUGAGAUUGUUCAAGCGGGCUCUGUUGGAGGGUUUGGACGUGAAUGACUUCACCUUCUCGAGUGUUAUUCGAGUUUGUGGGAACUCUACGCUGCUCGAACUGGGGAAGCAGAUUCAUGGGCUGUGCUUGAAGACGAGCUUCGAUUCUUCGAGCCAUGUGUGUAGCUCUUUGAUUUCAUUGUACUCCAAGUGUGGGCUUAUCGAAGGAGGUUAUCGGGUUUUUGAUGAGGUGCCCGUUAAGAAUCUUGGGAUGUGGAACGCUAUGUUGAUUGCCUGUGCCCAGCAUGCGCAUACACGAAAAGUGUUUGAUUUGUUCAAAGAGAUGGAAGUUGUCGGGAUGAAGCCAAAUUUUAUCACAUUCCUUUGCAUGCUCUAUGCUUGUAGUCAUGCAGGAUUAGUCAAAGAAGGAGAGUAUUACUUUGAUCUCAUGAAAAGUCAUGGGAUUGAACCAGGUGAUCAGCACUAUGCUUCUAUGGUGGACUUGCUCGGUCGAGCUGGAAAAUUGCAGGAGGCCCUUGCAGUUAUUGAAGAGAUGCCUAUGCAGCCCACGGAAAGCGUCUGGGGAGCUUUCUUGACAGGGUGUCGCAUCCAUAAAAAUACUGAACUUGCAGCCUUUGCAGCUGAUAAGGUCUUUGAGUUGGGCGCAGUCAGCCCGGGUUUGCAUGUAUUACUGUCUAAUGCUUAUGCGGCUGCUGGAAGAUAUGAGGAUGCAGCAAAAGCUAGGAAACUACUGAGAGAUAGAGGGAUGAAGAAGGAAACGGGCUUGAGUUGGGUUGAAGAGGGAAAUAGAGUUCACACAUUUGCUGCUGGGGACAGAACCCAUGCCUUAACGAAAGAGAUCUAUCAGAAGCUGGACGAGUUGGGUGAGGAGAUGGAGAGGGCAGGUUAUGUUGCGGACACGAGUUAUGUCCUUCAGGGAGUUGACGGGGAACAGAAGGAUCGCAUGAUCAGAUAUCACAGCGAGCGAUUAGCCAUUGCCUUUUGCCUGAUCACCUUUCCACCCGACAGGCCGAUCAGAAUAAUGAAAAACUUGCGGGUCUGCGGUGAUUGCCAUGCCGCCAUUAAAUUUAUGUCCAAGUGUACCGGAAGAGUGAUCAUAGUGAGGGAUAAUAACCGCUUCCAUCGUUUUGAGGAUGGGAGAUGCACAUGUGGGGACUAUUGGUAAUUGAAUUGUUAUCAUGCUUGGCUCUUUAUUCUGCAAAUCAGGCAUGCUGUUGAGACCCCAUGCUCGGUACAUAUUUUCUUUCCAAUCGAGAUAUCCUCUUCAGACAGGAGUUAUGCUCUCAAUUCCAAUGGGUUGUACUGCAAUUUAUGAGAUCAGGACUCGCCUGCUUCUUCUCCGAAACCGGGAAAGUUUUGAAUUUCUUCGCGACCAAACCACGUAAGAUACUGUGGGAGUCUUCUUGGUAUCUAACCGUCACGAGGUGAGCAGUUGAACAACUAAGUUGAUUGGGAGAGGACCCUAAGUACCUUUUGCAUAUGGACAAUUUGUUUAUUAAGUAUGGUGUGAGGGUUUGGUUUUUUCCUAGCUAGGAACAGUGAGUGUGCUUUGACAACAUGGAAUCAUGGGCAGUGGAAAUUAUUUGUAAAUCCUUGGUUUAUCUUUGACAUUAUUAAAGUGUGCAAAUGGGAUGGGACCAUGCUAAUCGAGGUCUUGGAGUACCAAAAA